AUGAGUUUUCUGCAGCUCUUCGGGAGGCUGCGGUCUGUUGUUAUCGGGAUGGUGCACGUGAAAGCGUUACCAGGCACUCCGGGCUGCAGGUUGCCGCUGGCGCAGAUCCUGGAAGAAGCUUGCAGAGAAGCUGAGAUUUAUAAGAAAGCUGGGAUUGAUGGUCUCAUAGUGGAGAACAUGCAUGACAUCCCGUAUACCUUGCACGUCGGACCAGAGAUCACCGCAACAAUGGCCACCAUUUGUAGUGCGGUAAGACAGGAGUGUCCUCGUCUGCCACUCGGGGUACAGAUCCUUUCGUGCGCCAACAAAGAAGCUCUUGCAGUUGCCCAAGCAGCAGGGCUGGAUUUCAUCCGGGCGGAAGGUUUCGUGUUCUCGCAUGUUGCUGAUGAAGGCAUUGUAAACGCCUGUGCCGGAGACCUGCUGCGGUACCGCAAGUUCAUCGGCGCUGAGCGCGUUCAGAUCUUUGCGGAUAUUAAGAAGAAGCACAGUUCCCAUUCUCUAACAGCAGAUGUCUCGGUGUCUGAGACCGCAAAGGCUGCCGAAUUCUUCCUUGCCGAUGGUGUGAUAUUAACCGGCGUUGCUACCGGACAGGAGGCAGAUCCAGCAGAUCUCAAAGAGGUUCGACGUUCUGUGAAGAUACCCGUCCUUGUCGGAUCUGGAGUGACGCCGGACAACGUGGAGCAGUACAUUGACGCCAACGCCUUAAUAAUUGGUUCCCAUUUCAAAAAAGACGGUUAUUGGAAGAAUGAUGUCAUUUCCGACAAAAUCCUAUCCUUUAUGGAUAAAGUCCGUAAGCUGCGGAUGUAAUGAGUGCAACCUGACUAAUCACAGGGGGACAUGCCACCCCGUUCUCCAGUGACACCCCAGGUACCUGCCUCUCACUCAUAACAGACAAUGAAUUUUGAUUUUGGCGAGUUACUGACACACCGGAUUAUAUGACACACAAAUCAUCAUGGGCCUUAUGUGCGAGGCGCAGCUAAGUUGGAGUGUAAACCGUUCCAGCUUUUUUGCAAUUUGAAGAAUGAUUAAAAGUUUGCGAGCCGGGCUCUCUCCACCUAAUG